UGUUCAAAUUUAGAUUUUUUUUUUUACUUAAUUUUACAUUCAUUUAUCAACAGACUCGCAGUUGUUAUUUACAACCAAACACAUCCUGUUAAUAGACUGUAUCAAUAUAAUGUCAGAUGACUGGUUACAAGUGUAAAGAGACCUGAUCCAAUCCCCGCAACAACGCAGGCGUAGCGGCUGAGAAAAGAGGUCUGUUACACCUUCAGCCACAGCAGCAAGUCAGUCGGAAUACUCAACGAGCAGUGACGAGUGCAGCGCAUCAUUGGUUGUCUGGUGUGAUCCAUCUCCAGCGCUGACUUCAUCCUCCGAAGAUGAAGUUGAAGGAGGAUAUGAACCCUCUGCUGCUGCAGGUCUUCCGCUCUGUUGUCUGGGUCUACUCGGUCAUCACCUUCAUACCCUGGUACUUCUUCUCCGGAGCCAGCACCAACUUGGAACGGGCUCGCCGGAUCAAGGCAAUCUCGGUUAGUGGAAACCCGGCGGGCCCUUACAGGUCCAUCAACAGCCAAGAGAAGCUGUCGUCAUGGCUGCAACCCAGGGUGGACACCCUGGACAAAAUGUUUGACUACGCCGCGAGUCGGUUCCCAAAGAGAGACUGUCUGGGCACUAGGGAGGUGCUCAGUGAGGAGGAUGAGAUCCAGCCCAACGGCAAGAUCUUCAAGAAGGUAAUACUAGGAAACUAUAACUGGCUGUCAUACGAGGAAGCCUACGAGGCAGCAAAGUGUUUCGGCAGCGGUCUGGCAGCGCUCGGCCAGAGGCCUCAGCGUAACAUCGCCAUCUUCUGUGAGACCAGAGCAGAGUGGGUCGUAGCAGCACAAGCUUGCUUCAUGUACAAUUUCCCACUUGUGACCCUGUAUUCCACUCUUGGACCCACGGCCAUCGCGCACGGCCUGAACGAGACCGAGAUCACGCACAUCAUCACAAGCAAAGACCUGCUUCAGAGCCGUCUCAAGGCCAUAGUGUGUGACGUGCCGAGACUGCAGUACAUCAUCGUAGUUGACAAUAAAUCCACAAGCUGGCCAAACAUUCCCAGAGGCAUCAUGGUCUACAGCAUGGACGCUGUGAAGGAGAUGGGAUCCAAGCCUGACAAUAUAGCUGUAGACCGCAGACAGCCAGAGUCUUCAGACCUCGCGGUCAUCAUGUACACCAGCGGCUCCACAGGCAUCCCCAAGGGUGUCAUGAUCUCCCAUGGCAACAUCAUUGCUGGCAUCACUGGCAUGGCUGAGCGAAUCCCUAACCUCAAUGAAACAGACACCUAUAUUGGCUACCUGCCGUUAGCGCACGUUUUGGAGCUCAGCGCUGAACUCGUGUGCAUCUCUCACGGCUGUCGCAUUGGCUACUCCUCCCCUCAGACUCUAGCUGACCAGUCUACCAAGAUAAAGAAGGGCAGUAAAGGGGACACCAGUGUGCUGAAACCUACUCUAAUGGCUGCUGUACCAGAGAUCAUGGAUCGAAUCUACAAGAAUGUGAUGACCAAAGUAGAGGAGAUGAGCAAAUUCCAGAAGACGCUCUUUGUGCUGGCUUACAACUAUAAGAUGGAGCAGAUCUCCAAGGGCUACAGCACGCCUCUCUGUGACAGUCUGGUGUUUAAACGGGUGCGUGCGCUCCUGGGAGGGAACACGCGGGUUCUGCUGUCUGGCGGAGCUCCGCUCUCAGCUGCCACACAACGCUUCAUGAACAUCUGCCUGUGCUGCCCUGUGGGCCAGGGCUACGGCCUGACGGAGACCUGUGGAGCCGGCAGCAUCAGUGAGAUUUGGGACUACAGCACAGGGCGGGUUGGCGCUCCACUGGUUUGCUCAGAGAUCACACUGAAGGACUGGCAGGAGGGUGGUUACUACAGCACAGACAAGCCCAACCCACGGGGGGAAAUUUUAAUCGGCGGUCCCAAUGUAACGAUGGGCUACUACAAAAAUCAAACCAGGAACCAAGAUGAUUUUUUUGUGGAUGAGCACGGCCAGAGAUGGUUCUGUACAGGAGACAUCGGAGAGGUCUACCCUGACGGAUGCCUUAAGAUCAUCGACCGUAAGAAGGACCUGGUGAAAUUGCAGGCAGGCGAGUACGUCUCUCUAGGAAAAGUGGAGGCUGUUUUGAAGAACUGCCCACUCAUAGACAACAUCUGUGCCUAUGCCAACAGUGACCAGUCGUAUGUGAUAAGCUUCGUGGUGCCCAACCACAAGCAGCUAAUGGUGCUGGCGGAGCAGAUGCAGGUGAGGGGCACAUGGGAGGAGAUGUGCAACAACUCCCAGAUGGAGAAAGAGGUCCUACGCGUCCUUACUGAGGCUGCUUUAUCAGCAAAAAUGGAGCGAUUUGAGAUCCCAAAGAAGAUCCGUCUGAGUGCUGAACCCUGGACGCCAGAGACCGGGUUGGUCACUGACGCAUUCAAACUGAAACGCAAGGAGCUCAAAACACACUACCAAGACGACAUUGAGAGGAUGUACGGCGGAAAAUAACACACUCCAAACAACAUGUAUAUAUAUGCUCGCACACAUACAUAAGGAGCUCAGAAGCCACUAUACUUGGAGAGGAGUUAUACUUUAGAUACAGGUAAGACACACACAUUAUUACAGACACAUAAGAGCGUCUCAUGCACCUCCUCCUCAGCUUCACUACGACCAGCUUCGAUCAAAAGCUCUUGAAUCUCAGCUCAAUGCUCUCAAUCAAGACCAAAAGGCAGAAGGUCCCUCACAGACAAGUGAACCAGCCCGAUGUGCUCGAUGCGACACACUCAUCGUUCCCCUUUGAUGGAUUUGGCCCUUUUGAGUUGCCAUGACAACGGGGAUGGCACACAAAGUCGGAUGUCCGCAUGACUCAAAAGUGAAACAAAUGUCAGGCUAGGCGUUUAUCUGGAUCAAUGUCUGCAACUCCCUCUUUAUUGCUUCUCUUCCUCCUCCCCCCUUUGCUUUUCUUGGAGCCUUCCACCAGUUCAGCUUGGUUGUGGACUUGUAGUGCAGAUACCUGGCAGGAAAAUGAUGGGGCUAUCAUGAGCCUGAUAGAGGGAUCCCUCCUGUGCUUCAAGUAACAGUAAGGCUAGAGUAAAUGCAGGGAUCUCUAAUAUCGAUUAAGGAUUUUUUUUUUUUAUGAUGUCACUACGGUUUCUUCAUGUUUGGUUUGUCAGCUUUGAAACCCAUUUGAUGAGUAUUUUUGUACGUGAGGAAAUCGGUUUUGCAAAGCCAUGUGAGAUUUAGCAUCAAGAUUUUUUUUUUUUUUAAUUACUUUUUCCUAAUGUUGGUGGUAAUGUGUGGUUGUAAAAUUCUGAGGGUUUUUAUUUCUUUAUCAUCCUGUUUUUUUUAUUGCCAAUUAGUUUAGGCUAAUGUACUUUAAUUAGCUUUGUUUACAAUCUUUUUUUGUUGUUGUCAUUACCUCCCCUUGUUCCGCCUGUGCCCUAAAGUUUUUACAUGUUAGUGUGUGUUUACUGACUUGACUUGUAGAAGCAAUUCCAGUCUUCAGUCCCCUAUGACCUCGGCCUUUUGCUGCAGGUUCAAACAUCAAUUGUAAAAGGCAUCUAUUGGGACUUUUUCCAUCCCUGCUCUCUGGCCCCAGCUCCAUUUUUUUCCCCCACCUUCGCAGCUCCUGGAUGCCUCCUAACCUGUGUCUUAUUGGUUAUUUUGUUGGUUCAUUGACCUACCGUAGCCCUGCCACGUACUCCUCCAGUCAUGACUAAUGCACUGUAUGGAUGUCUCCAAGGGAACAUCGCCCAGCUUAGAAAAAAUUGUUACAUUAGUAAGCCCAGUUACAUUUUGGCACAAGUUAUCCUUUUCUUUGCCAUAGGUCCAGUUAUUGUUACUUUUUUUUUUUUUUUUUUUUUUUACUUAUGAAUAUGAACUACAAAAUGAAUGUGCAAUAUUUAUACACAAAUUGUAACUGAAGUAUGUAGGAAGGAAACAUGCAUACAGCAGCCCCUCCGUAGUGUAUGAAUGUUUUGCUCAUAUGGGAAGACCUGUAGGAAACCAAGCAAAGAAGAGGGUGGUAGAGAGACACUGAUGUAGCCCGGUUGAACAUACUGUGCUUAACUGUAAAGUUCUGCAAUAAUGUAAUGCUUUUUAAUAAGACUGUAAAGUGGAAACUAAAAUACUUGGCAUUGUAAAAAUUGCACGAUGAGAAGUGUGCAACUGUAUCAAAAACACUGCACUCCAGUCGAACAACUGAAGAAAUUCUUUAUAAAUACAAUCCCUGUUGAAUUGUGGGUAUAUAGCAUAAACUCACCAGACCUCAUAGAGAGCAGAUAACACUUAUGUAUCUUCAAAUUAGUUUUUGCUGUAUGACACUAUAUGUGCAAUGUAUAUUAAAGGGUCAACUGCCAUUUGUUACAUCUCAUGUAUAACGUAUACAUUAAUUACUGUAUAUUUUCAAAUCGGUGGUGAUAUUCUCUUUAGGUUAACGGGCAGAAGAUUACAAAGUGUUUGGUCAGUGGUCGUUUGUAAGGGCGACGUCUCUCCCACAGCUGCCCUCUUGGAAUUCAAACCUUGCUUUGCUUGUUCUAAAGACAUUAAGCAUUAAUAUAAGCUACAGUCAGGUACUCUAACUACUUCUCUUAUCAGAUGUCUACUAGCUCAAAUGUAGUAGGGUUACUUUAGCAUGUAAAACAAAAAUGGACAGUACUAUCAUAAUGAGAUGGGAUGCCGUUCCUCCCUUCCUGUUUUUCUUUUUUAUGACCGUUCUUUCUCCUGACGUUUCAGUGAAAAGUCAGUAGCUUACUGUGCUGUUUGCUGCUUUUCCUCUGCCUGUCUAGAGGCGGCUAGUUGCCUUCUAACACACAUGAGCUGUCUUCAGGGGUCUUAAGAAUGUGAAGCACUCCACCAUGUUUUGUUGAUGGCACACCAUGCCGUGUCCUGCUCCACCCAUUUAAACUAACGGCAAGGCAAAGACAACGGGUGGUGCAAAGACCACUCCUGUUGAUUCCACUUGCGUUGUAAAUAGAUUGAGAUGGGAGGGGAUCAACGAUUCAAGUUCAUUCAAACUACCAAUAAUUGUACAGGUGUGAACAUACAACACAACAUCCUGUUAACAUAUUUAAAUAUCUUUGUUACUGACCAGUUUUUGGGGUCUCCUCCUUGUUUCGUGUGGUCAAGUGGCCCUGCCAGACGGGCUAUUGCAAGUGUCUCCUUCCUUAUUUAUUUGUGAUUUGGC